AUGGCCCACAGGUACGCGCGCCGCUUCACCGUGUCCCCGGUCACCGUGGCAUGCAUCGCCGCGCUGGUCGGGCGCGCCGCGCGGGAACUGCCCGCCGCGGAGGCCGCGGGGCUCGCGGCGCGGGUGAAGCGGGGCCUUGCACACUCGAGGCUGAGGCUGGCCCAGUGCUUGGACUGGGCAAACCUGCCGGCCGCGGUCGCCGAGGCGCUGGCCCCCGAGGUGCGGCCGCCGGCGCAGCCGCGGAGGUUGGCCUCGUUCGGCCUGCCGCCCGGCGGCGUGCCGCGGUGGGCGUGGCGGGCGCACCCGCAAGUGGUGCUGGUCUGGUGCAGCGCACGCGCGCUCGAGGGCGCGUUGGCCGGCGGCGUCCGCCUCGAG